AUGGAAGUGCGUGAUUGUGACGAAGGAAAAAUGCUGAUAAAAAAAAGGUGGUGUAAUACCAAAGUUCUACUUGUCCUUGAUGAUGUGAGUCUCAUAAGCCAACUUGAGAAUUUGGCUGGAAAGAAAGAAUGGUUUGGUCAAGGGAGUAGAAUAAUAAUAACAACUAGAGAUCAGCGUCUUUUAGUUGAGCAUGGUGUUCCUCAAUAUAAGAUGAAUUUCUUAAGUCAAGUCGAUUCCCAUCAACUUUUUCUUGAAAAAGCUUUCAAGGAAGAUCAACCAAAUGAACAUUAUUUGGAGCUUUCUAAAACUGUGAUUAAAGCUGCCAAAGGAUUUCCUUUGGCACUCAAAGUAUUUGGUUCAUUUCUUUGUGGAAGAAGUGAAUCAGAAUGGGAGGAUGCGCUUAGGAAGGUUCCUCCAAAUGGCAUUUUGGAGAUACUUAAAGUGAGCUUUGAUGGACUAGAAUAUAAUGAGAAGAAUAUAUUCUUAGAUAUUGCUUGCUUUUUCAAUGGGAUGGCUAAGGAUGAUGUCAUACAAAUCUUAGAAAGUUGUGGUCUUUGCGCAAAAAUUGGAAUAGGAAUUCUUAUUGAGAAAUCAAUGGUAACCGAAAGCGAUGGCUGUUUGAGGGUCCAUGAUGCUUCAAGAAAUGGGUAA